AAUUCACUGAACAUAUACAUACACCGUUCUCUAAGCUAGUGAAGUCGAAUUCAUUCCACACAAAUCUAAAAAAACACCAAAAAGAGAAAUUCUUGUUGCCAUUAUAAAAUAGUUACAUCAAUUAAUUGGUUCAUGUCAGCAUUGUUGCUCUGCAUUUUCUCCUAUGUCGUUGUGUUAUGCUCUUUGAUUCGCAGUCGGCCCAGCAGUGCUUUUGUUUACGGCGUUUAUUUGACAUUUACUACAACCACCAGCUGUGCGAUAAAUCCAGAGUGCGUAAUAAAAGAAUGUUUGAUAGCCUAAAAGCAGACCAAAGCAAUUAACCGCAGUAAAAUUUUGGAACAAUAUUUUUUAUAAUUUCCCAAAGUGAUGAAGUACAUAUAAACGCCGAAGUGAAGAAACAGUCUAAUUGAAUUGCAUUACUAUACAUUUCCCUGAGAUACAUAUAUGUAUAUACGCACAUAAUUACGCUGAAAGGAAAAACAAAUUAGCUACCGGUCUCCUAAUAGGAAUUAGACAUCAACUGAGAGGACAUCAACACAUUCACUGAUUGAUUAAAUAUUAUAGAUAUUUUAAUAAUUUUGGUAUUUUGGCUUUCUCACACCUACGCACACAUUUAUCAUAAACAAUCAAAGUGCUUGCUAUGCCCCGCGGUAAACGACGUUCCCAACACGAUAUGGGUGGCGAAGAGGAGCGUACAACUUCCAAGCGUUCACGCGGUAGUUAUGCUACACAACAAAAUACCAGCAGACGCCACAUCAAGGCUGACGACAGUUUUAGCCAAAAGCGUUGUGUCGAUUGGUUCUGUAAAUACACAAAUCCCGAUGAGCCGGAUACGCUUGGUCCCGAUGGCAUGGAGAAAUUCUGCGACGAUAUUGGUGUUGAGCCAGAAAAUGUUGUGAUGUUGGUAUUAGCCUACAAAAUGGGCGCUACACAAAUGGGCUUCUUCAGUCGUUGUGAAUGGUUAAAGGGCCUCACUGAAUUGGAAUGUGAUUCUGCUGCAAAAAUGCAAUCUAAAUUAGAAUAUUUAAAAAGUAUACUCAACGAUCCAAAUGUCUUCAAAAGCAUAUACAGAUAUGCCUACGAUUUUGCCAAGGAUUCCGAUCAGCGCAGCAUGGAUAUAAAUACAGCAAAAGCUAUGCUACAGCUGCUACUUGGCAAGCAUUGGCCCCUCUACCCGCAUUUCGCGCAAUUCCUCGAUCAAUCAAAGUACAAAGUUAUUAACAAGGAUCAGUGGUGCAACAUACUGGAGUUCUCGCGCACAAUUAACAACGAUUUAAUAAAUUACGAUAUCGAUGGAGCAUGGCCUGUUAUGUUAGAUGAAUUUGUGGAAUGGUUACGACUGCAACGCACCUGCACGAGUUCUACAACAUUAAGCUGAAAUUAUAUUUAAAAUAAGGAAUUUAUGAUAUUAUAAAACAAAAGCAAAAAAAAAUACAAACCGGGAUUAAUAACACAACCAACUACAAACAAACAAAAAGAUCAACUAAAAUGAAACUCAAGUACCAACAAAUACAUAAAAAAAAAUUAAUAAAAUAUAAAGUAAAGAAGAAAAUGAAAAUCAACAAAUUCCAAAGCGAAAAUAGUAAAAUAAAUUUGUAACAACAACAAACACAACAAGGAGUUAUCAAACAGUCAACCAAGUAUCCAAAAAAAAAAAAAAAAAGAAUUAAGAGAUUAAUUAAAGGAAACAAUGUAAUAAUAAUAAUACAACAAGAUAAUAUUUAAUGUAUUACUAUUUAAUGAUUGUAACAAGAAUACAAAAUCUACAAUUACUACGAUAAAUAGUAAUUAUCAUAUAAUUUGCUUUUCAACAAUAAUACACAUAAAUUAUAAUAAUUACAAAGUAAGUUACCGUUGAUAAUAAAGGACGAAUGUUAAAGUUAGGGAUCAAGACUACAUUCAUAUAAAAAUUACAACAGAGUACAGUACUGGGCAUAAUAGCACAACAUACUUCAUCAAAUACUAUACGUACAUCUAGGUAUAACGAAACAUAUUUGCACAUCUAUAUAUGUGCCCGAAAAGACAGUUACAAUGGCAGCAUUUGAUACAGUUAGAAUACAGUCAUUCAUUCAUACAGCCCUAAGUCAGAAACUAAA